GAUUGGGUUGAAGCCGUGGAGUGGAGGAAGAGGAGCGGAGACGAGAGACGAGUUCAAUGCUCCAACUCAUCAAACUCCGACUUUAGAGAUUUUUAAGGGGCGCGCAGGAGCAUUUAAAAUACAACCCCUAAGCUGCGCAGCAUGAUAGUCAAACUUUAAACGUGAUUUUUUUUUGUUUUGUUUUGGGGAGGGGGUGUGUUGGGGGGGAGAAGACGCCGAAGUGUUGACGGGGCAGUCCGCUGUGGCUCAACAUGGAUGUCCGGGGAGCAACGGUGCGGCUCUGAGGAGGAAUUAAGGCCGUUUCUGGGUUAUUUCUAGCCCCGAGAGUUUGUCUGACGGGGCUGAGGAGGAUUUUUAAAGCAACAACCAAUUUUACCAAGCUUCAGGCAAUUCAGGUUCAUCUGUGAAUUGUUGCGGCUGACUGUUAUCAGAGAUGUUGAGGCUGUGGAGGCGAGACGUUCCGCUCUCGGAGAGGCUCGGCGAGGACGCUCCUCUCGCCCCAGCGCCCGCCCCCCCGCCCACGGCAGCUCCGAUGGGUCCCAAUAUCUCAUGGCUCCCUGAAGCCCCGCUGCUGGGCCCGGAUCAGCCCAUCUUUCUGAUGACUCCAGCAGCGCAGGCCGUGUCGGGCUUCUUCGUUUGGACUGCGCUCAUCCUCACCUGUCACCAGAUCUACAUGCACUUACGCUUCUACAGCUCGCCGAGGGAGCAGCGCCACAUCGUGCGGAUUCUGUUCAUCGUUCCCAUCUACGCCUUCGAUUCCUGGCUCAGCCUCCUUUUCUUCACCAACGACCAGUACUACGUGUACUUUGACACAGUCAGAGACUGCUACGAGGCAUUUGUCAUCUACAACUUCCUGAGCCUGUGCUAUGAAUACCUGGGAGGAGAGAGCGCCAUCAUGGCCGAGAUCAGAGGGAAACCCAUCGAGUCCAGCUGCAUGUACGGUACCUGCUGCCUGAGAGGGAAGGCCUACUCCAUCGGCUUCCUGCGAUUCUGUAAGCAGGCCACUCUGCAGUUCUGUGUGGUGAAGCCGCUCAUGGCUGUCAUCACCGUCGUCCUGCAGGCCUACGGGAAGUACAAGGACGGAGACUUCAACGUUGCCAGCGGUUACCUGUACGUGACCAUCAUCUACAACAUCUCGGUCAGCCUGUCUCUGUACGCGCUGUUCCUCUUCUACUUCGCCACCAGGGACCUGCUCAGCCCGUACAGCCCCAUGCUCAAGUUCCUCAUGGUCAAGUCGGUCAUCUUCCUCUCCUUCUGGCAGGGCAUGUUGCUGGCCAUCCUGGAGAAGUGCGGGGCCAUCCCUCAGAUCAACUCCGUGGAGGUGUCCGUCGGCGAGGGCACGGUCGCCGCCGGUUACCAGAACUUCAUCAUCUGCGUGGAGAUGUUCUUCGCCGCGCUGGCGCUCCGACACGCCUUCACGUACAGAGUGUACAUGGACAAAAGCCUCGACUCCCACGGACCCGUUACUACAUAUGGAGAGUUUGGUCGCUGCGCGCCCAUGAAGAGCAUCUCCAGCAGCCUGAAAGAGACGAUGAACCCGGGCGACAUGGUCCAGGACGCCAUCCACAACUUCUCCCCGGCCUACCAGCAGUACACCCAGCAGGCCACGCUGGAGCAGGGGGCGCCGCCGCCCGUCACCCGCACCCACAGCACCGUGAGCGCCCGCGGCGACACCGAGAAAACCCUCCUGCUCAGCUCGGACGACGAGUUCUAGAUCAGAAACUGUCAAAAAAAACUGACUGUCGCUCAGACCGGGCGCAUGAGGCGGCCUACACCGCGUGACUGAUUAGACAUUAUGUGUUUGUUUUUUCCUGUUUUUUAUUUUUAUUUUUUUUAACCGGAGUGACCGCGAAUGCAACAGCCUUUCCGUGUAAACGCCUCUCAUUCGUCUUAUUCAUGGGAGAACUUGAAGCUGAGUUGGUGUCAAAUUGGAAAGUUUGUGAGUCACGCUCACACACAAUGAAUCAUACUUAACAUGUGGAGCGAAUUGUUUUCUGCUUUGGACAGAAGCUUCAUUUUUACAUUUCAUCUCAGUCACGUCUCCACACGUAAACAUCCCGGCCGACGUUAUUCCUCGGUUCUGGCUCCGUUUUGGGCCGGACUUUGAACUGCCCGUUGUUUCCCUGAAGGGUCUAGCCUUAAGUUUACAUAUGAUAAGGUCCUGAACUUUUCAUUUUGCAAACCUGAAGCUACAUGCUUAGGCAUUCACUCGCAAUUAAAGAGAAAUUAGUCCGCUGGUACUUUGACGUGCUUCAGUGUUGCAGUCUGAACAUGUGGUACGACACCAUCGUGGGAGUUUAAGGGGACGUCCGUUGCGUGGGAGAAAGAGAAACCGAGCCGGAGUCAGCACACGGAUCAAUGUUGUUAUUGGUAUUGACGUUACGGAUGACGGGGAGGCAGAGCGGCUUAUAGAUUAUACGCUGCGUCUGCUCCAGCGGGCGGCAGGGGUGAGGAGAGGGCUGCAGGGGAGGCGGUCAGGAUUACACCCGUGUAAUUGGGGCGUUGUUUGAACGGCUGGGAUUAGAGCUGGCUGUCCGCUCAGACGGCAGAACUCUGCCGGCCGCAAUGUAGGUUAAAUACAUCGAGGAGGGAAACAUCAGAGGAAUAUAGGUUGAAGCUAACUUUAGAUGUUUGUUCUCAUUAAUGGGACAUAAAAGGAGUUAAAUGUUUCAUAUGUUCUUCUAGAUGUUAAAGCUGGUCAUAAUUUACUAUUAAAGGCAAAUUUCCUUUUUAGCGCACAGGCCUUUUUAAAUCACAGUUUGACUUUAAAUCCCGACCGGCUUCUUCCAAUUGACGACGCGCCGGACACACCCACUGUAACCGCUACUCUCUCAUCUGGUCUGAAUUCAGUAUUGAGAAUGUUGUUUUUAUUUCUUCACACAUCACACAGCUCUCGUCCUGAGGGUGUAUCCGCGAGCAAAGCUGAAUAUUAGCCCUAAAAUAAGGGAAAGUAUCAGUCACUUUUUUUGUCAGAUUGUUUGUCUUGGUUUGUCGGAGUUGGUUGUCUUUUUUUUUUUUUUUACUCAUAGUUGGAGCUGUUGAGUCAUCUGAGCGUGAGUCACGCUCGGUCUCCCAACAUGUUUACUUGUAAGUACUUUCACUUCUUUGCUGUAGCUCUGUGUGAACACCAGGGGGCCGUGUGAGAAGAUGUUUACGGUUCUAACGCUUGAGGAGGGUUCACAUGGAGAGAAAAAAAACCCCAACCCUUUGUUGCUCUUCUAUCUUCUUAUCACUGGAAACCCACAGCGUGGCUCAGUCGCAGACAGUGGUCAUUAAAGGGGGUUGUUUUCCGUUUAUUCAUUUCUUUUUUAACCACCUCUGUGCUCAUCAGAAGCAGCGGCCUGUUUUUUUUUUCUACAUACUGGUUUAUUUUAAGUGACGAUGAAACUUUGCAGCUCCUACGGGCAGUUUUCUUUUCUUUUUUUUUUCUUUUUUGCCUAACAUCAGAAUAAAGCAAAGCAGACAAUGUGUCAGUCUUACCGCACUUUGAAUGCCAUAAUUCACCCUCCAUGUUCUUGCUCUGUGUUCUUCGGUCGUGUGUGUGAAUAUUGCUGACUAAUGUUUUAAGUGCUGUCUACAGGAGGAGUAGUGUGCUGAGGUAGUUAAAUGUGCUGUAAAAGUCAAGCACGGGAGAAUUUUGUUUUUUAUUUUUCGGUUUGUAGUCCUUUGUAUAUCAUAAAGCUGCUCACGAUGCUACUAUUUCAUGUCAAAUGGAAAAAAAAUAAAAGAUAUUUAGUUGGUAUAAUUUAAA